AUGAAUCAAAAGCUGGCACACUCUGCCAUCCUGCUCCUGGUGCACAGGGUCAGCCAGCUGGCCCAGCGCCUGGGACAAUCCUGCCUGAGAGGGUCCAAGAAAUACACAGGCAGACUGCUGGUGCCCAGUGUGCAAUCUAUGAAGUUCUCAAACAUCCCUGGCAUGCCAGCAUAUGGUGCAAACACCAGGCCUACCCUGUUGGGUUACAAUAGCAACCAUGGUAUGUACCCCCAGCAACAUCAGCUGGUGAAGAUGGCUGUCUCUGCCCCCUGGGCUGAGGUGAUGAGGGUGGAUACAUCCAUGCAGCAUUUGGUGGAAGGAAAGAACAGGGCAAAGCAACUGGGGAACACCUCCAAGUGGUUGACAAAUGUCCCUGCGACACUGGUGCCCACUGAGCUGAAGCAGUACAUCUUCACGCAGCUGCAUUGCAAGAUCCAGCAGGACAUGUACCACUUUCUGUUCCAACUUGACUAUUUUGAACUGUGCGGGCUGGGUCUAGCAGACCUGGAGAAGGACCCAACAUGCUCAGCCCUGUACCAGCAGUGUGUCAAGACUCAUGUGAAGAACAGCAUCUCGAUGCAAGUCUUCAUGCCAAACCAUCUAGUUGAAGCCUUCUUGGUCAUUGAGAAGGAGGUCUGGCCAGCCGUGAGCCUUUGGAUUGAGGGAUCAACUGAGGGGCUCAGUCAUUCCAAUGUCAUCAUUUUGGGCUUCCCUUCUGUCUCUGGGCCUGAUGUCAGUACCAAAGUCGCUGGUCAUACUGGAGUCAUGGGUGCUGUGACUGCGGGUCUUGGAGGAGGAUCUAGUGCUAUCAAGCAGCCCCUCAUUAGUCAAAUGCCCCCCUGUCCCACCAAGCAUAUGGUGUGGGAGCUGGGUCGAAGCCCAGACAAUGCUGCAGUAGACCAUGCAUUGAGGGCAUCAGACUAUAGCAAGGUUACAAAAGCCAAUGGUGCAUCUACUUAUGUUAUCCAUUAUUCUACAUUUACUAAUGGUGACUCAGUAAAAUCCAUCAUGGCCCAUGGAUUGUUUUUGCCCAUGCCCAUGAUCAGCUGGAAUGAGUUGAUCUCUGGCAGUGUGAAGCUGGUGAUCAACUACAAGGGAGACAGGUGUCACUCAGUCUUGCAAGUGAACAAAGAUCUGAAGAAGAUGCUGGGCCCACCCAGGAUGUUCAAAAUGGCACAUUCCGCACUGCUCACUCUCAAUGAGUUCUCGGUGAAGUGGGAAGAGAAGCAGCCCUUUGCGUUAGGACAUCCAACCAAAGUGGCUGCCAAGCACUACUAUGUGUGCAGCAAGCCCAGAGGCUCCUGUCAUCAAGUCAAGAUGUCUGUGGAAUUGAUGUUUCUGCAAGACAAAGUGAACCUUCUCUACUGGGUGACUGCCCUGCAUGGGCUGGUGAAGUAUUUUGUUGAGGACUACAUAACCUUGAAUCCAAACUCACGUGCCUGCACCCUGGAACUGCCGGACACCUGUAUGGUACUGGGGGGUCUCUUCCAGUAUGGGCAAGAUAGCCCUCAGGAAUGUGCAGGGCUCGUCACCCUGAUUGAGGAGAAGUACCAGAAGAUGUUCAAGAAGGCAUUUGUGUUGGACUAUCAAGGGGAACAUAGACAGCUUCACAAAUGCAAUGAGUACUGUGUUGCAUUCAAACUGGAGCCCCUCCAUGAUCCCAAUGUGUGCCCUGAACCAGGAGGAGUACCUGCCAAGUCAUUGAACCUGCCAGAUGUGGAGGACAUCAUCAAAGACACCCUUGCACCUUCUCCAGUUGAAGGAGGGGGAGUGGCAGGUAAGGAUGGGGAGCAUACUGGAGAUGAGCCAGGAAUGCAGUCAUUGGGUGGACCUCAUGCAACUGGCACUCGAGGUCUGGGAUGA